AUGUCACCGGGAAAAACCAUAUUGGCGUCCAAGAUCGCUAAAAAGUUCGCCGACGAGAUCCAGGCCAAGGCAGCGUUGCUGGCCAGACGUCCCAAGCUGGUCGGUAUAUUGGCCAACCCGGACCCUGCUGCCAAGCAGUAUGCCGAUUGGACAUGGAAAACCAGUGAAUCUCUUGGAUUUGACUACCAGUUGAUCCAAGUCGAAAAAGAACAACUCGAGGACCAGAUCUACAAGUGCAACAUUGACUCGUCGAUCAACGGAAUCAUGGUUUAUUUUCCCGUCUACGGUGACGGACAAGAUCGCUACUUGCAACAGUGCGUAGCUCUUGAAAAAGACGUUGAAGGUCUUAAUUUCCGCUACGUCUCCAACAUGUACCACAAUAUCCGGUACCUGGAUGACACGCACCAGAAGAAAUCGAUUCUCCCGUGCACUCCUCUUGCCAUCGUCAAGAUCCUCGAAUACCUGGGGGUGUACAACCCUUUGUUGAACUACGGUGAUAGACUCUACGGAAAGACAAUUACUGUUGUGAACCGGUCUGAGAUUGUGGGAAGACCACUGGCUGCCCUUCUGGCAAACGACGGAGCCACCGUCUACUCCGUGGACAUCAACGACAUCCAGACGUACGAGCGUGGCCACGGCUUGAAGCUGAAGAAACACGACGUUUUCGAGUGCGACAAGAGCUUGAAAGAGUGCGCAUUGUCGUCGGACGUGAUCAUCACCGGAGUGCCUAACGACUCCUACAAGUUCCCCACAGAGUAUGUCAAGAGAGGUGCUGUGGUGAUCAACUUUGCUUUCAACAAAAACUUCAACGACGACGUCAAAGAGAAGGCCUCGUUGUACGUGCCGUCCAUCGGAAAGGUCACUAUUGCCAUGCUGUUGCGCAACCUACUUAGACUUAUAGACAACGCCCCUAAAUAA